CAGAAUGAAAGUAUUGAAUAAGGUAGUCGUAGUUCUUGUGCAAUUUCGUUGAAAUUAUACAUAGUCGACUAUUAACAUGAGUAAUGAGUCGUAAGUUCACGAGGAUUCUAGUUGUUUCAGCACAACGAUAUUGAAAAUAUGAAUGUUUGGGACCACCCAGGGUGAGUCAGAAGGUGUGAAAAUACAUGGCCGGCUACUUGAUCCUUGAAUCAAUGUAAGCUUAAAUGAAUAUUUAGUUGUUAGAUGCUUGGAGGAUACAAACAUCAACAGAUGUGCAGUUUGUAUCCUUUCAAGAAUUAUCAUUAUGUGUAUGAGUUCUUCGUCUGAGAAGUGAGGACGACCUAAUUUUCCAUGAGGUAUUGUUUUUUCGUCCAAAAAGAACCUCGAAAGCUCUUGAGAUUCCUGCGUUUGCUAUAAGAAAGUCAAGAGUGGUGCAAACGAUAAAAAGAGUAUGCAGCUACUAGAGUUAUCAACUAGUCAUGUGCUAUGUAUGCUGAUGUAGACUCUGCGCACGUUAUUGAAUAGUGUAACCAAAUGAGUGCCAGGGUAUGUAAUAAAUUUUAGGAUAUCGAUAGUUAGUUGGACGAUACUUGGACACAUCAGAUGUAUAGUUUGUAUAAUCCUUUCAAGAAUGAAUUCGUUGGUGUUGUACAGAUGAGGUAGAACAAAUGUUGUACAGAUGAGGCAGGAGCUAUUCUAAUUCUAAUUUGAUCAUGUCAGAUCACGCAAGUUUGUCAAGAGACGAGGACAACUGAAUUUUCCAAGAAGGAUUUUUUUCCGGCGAAAAAGAACAACUACGUACUAUAAUAUCUCCAAGAACUAGGAACAAAAUGCAGCAUUUGCCGUGCCUUGUCAAAAAGAAUUGAAAGUGCAGCUGAGAUUCCUGCAUUUACUACUGUAAGAAGACUUGUUGAGCAGACCGAAGUGGUGCCAGCAAUAAAGGACGAAUAAUGUUACAAUGUUGAGAACCUCGUCGUGAACAAUAAAUAACGAC